AUGUAAAUAAACAUAACACCAAACAAUACAAAUGACAAAUAGUGCGUUAAUGAUUCAUUUUUAUAUUUUUGAAGUCGUGUAAAUAAGUUUUUAUAUUAUUGAUUUAAUAGUAGGUUAAUAAAUAUAUUUUAACUAUCAUUGGUACUUAGUUUUUAUUUAUUGCAGUACAAAUGAACUUAAUAGUCGUUAAUCGAGUUUGAAUCUCAGUUUUUAUCAGUAUUAAUCUGGUGAUAUUGAAGAUCAACAGGUAGUCUUAUGAUGCUACAAUGUCAUUAAUACGUUAGUAAGAUAAUCAAAAAUGAUAUCUGUGCUAUUAAUUUUAUUCCUCAAGUUGUGUUUUGCACAAGAUUACCCACCUUAUACUCCAGAUAAUGAUUAUCUUAGAACAACAAAACUCCAAAAUGAAAAAGGGUUAAAUAGUUUAUAUGAUUGGAAAAAUAACUUUGAUAAUAAUGUCAUCAUUCCAGAUGCGAACUAUUUUAUUGUGGCUAGUCGUAUAGUAAGACCAGGUCAAGUUUAUCGAGUUUCUGUUACAGUUUAUAAAGCUAAACAUCCAAUAUCAGUUAGAGCUUCAAUUCAAAGAAAUAGAGUUGAAUUAUCAUCUGAUAUACGAAUAAUUAAAGAAGGAAUCCAAGAAACAUUAUUAUUAUUGGUUCCUACAACUAGUGUAACUGGUGAAUACAAAUUAAGAGUAGAAGGUUUAUAUGAUGGUGUAGUUGGUGGGAUAGCAUUUUAUAAUGAAACAAAGUUAAAUUUCUCUCAAAGAUCUAUGACUAUUUUUAUACAGACUGAUAAACCAAUAUACAAACAAUCUGAAAUAGUAAAUUUCCGAGCAAUACCAAUCAAUACCGAGUUAAAAGCUUUUGAUAAUCCUGUUGAUGUAUAUAUCUUAGAUCCUAAUCGCCAUAUUAUGAGAAGAUGGUUAUCAAGACAGUCAAACUUUGGAUGUGUAAGUUUGAACUAUGAAAUGUCUGAUCAGCCUGUAUUUGGAGAAUGGACUAUUCAAGUUGUAGCUCAAGGGCAAAUAGAAGAAGCAACAUUUUUGGUUGAAGAGUAUUAUCAAACAAGGUUUGAGGUUAAUGUGACUAUGGCUGCUUAUUUUUUUGACUCUGAUAAGUAUCUAAGUGGUUAUGUUAUGGCCAAUUAUACUAAUGGAGGUCCUGUUAAAGGAAAUCUAACGCUCAAAGCUACAAUUAGACCACUUAAAAAUGGAUUUAGAAACUAUGAUGGUCAAGUUAUUGAAAAAUAUUUUAGUUUUGAUGAGGAAUAUCCAUUUUGGUUUCCCAAACAGUCUGAGUACACACAAUUAAAUCAAAUACCUCAUAAAGAAUGGUUUUAUGGUGUUUAUAAAUUCAGAUAUCCACUUAGUGAACUACAACAGUUAGUUCCUUCUUUAGAAGGAACAGAAGUAACUAUCACAGCAACAGUUGGUGAAAGAUACUUAAAUGAAAUUGUACAAGGAUAUUCUACAGCUCGAUUUUUUAAUUCUUCUGUUCGCAUAGCCUUUUUAGGUGGAUCACCACAAGUUUUUAAGCCAGCUAUGCCAUUUUCUGUUUAUAUUACAGUUUCACAUCAUGAUGGUUCACCAUUAGAUCAUUAUAGACUAUUACUUGGUCGGUUAGAUGUCAAUGCUGAAGUAAUAAUGAAAUCAGGUGGCCGUAGAAGUAUUGAGCCAAGAGUAGUAAAAAUGUCAAUGGAACAUGAAGGAGUCUAUGAAAUGAAAUUAUAUUUACGAACAGAGUUGGGUCUUGAAAAUGAUAAACGCGCUCCAGAAAUAUUAAAAGAUAUUGAAUCAAUGAAAAUAUUUGCUUCAUUUAAAGAUAUGUUUGGUGAACGAACUACAGCUGAUUUACUCUUAUUUACACAUUUUUCACCAAGUCAACAUCAAAUUAAAGUUUGGACUUCAACUAAAGAUGCUAAAGUUGGACAAUUUAUAGUCUUUCAUGUACAAAGCAAUUAUUUCUUGGAAGCAUUUGACUAUAUUUUACUAUCUAAAGGGAUUAUUUUAAUUACUGGUCAAGAAAAUACUCAUGCUUCAACGAUUAAAACAUUUGCAUUAACUUUAUCAGCUGAAAUGGCUCCUGCAGCUACAAUUGUUGUAUAUCAUGUUGGUAAAUUUGGAGAUGUUGUAGUUGACAGUUUGACUUUCCCUGUAAAUGGAAUAUCUAGAAAUAAUUUUACAGUUUUUAUUAAUAAUCAUAAAGCCCGUAGUGGUGAAAAAGUUGAAGUUGCAAUUUAUGGUGAACCUGGAGCAUAUGUUGGUUUAUCAGGUCUAGAUUAUCCUUUUUACAGUCUACAGUCAGGAAAUGAAUUAACAUAUGCAAAAAUUUUAACUAAAAUGGAAAGAUUUGACGAAGACACCAAUGGUACUAUUAUGCACACAUGGUUAUCUCAUGAAGGUGCACCAGAUGAAAUUGUUUAUUUUCCAUCAUCUACCUUUGGUAUUGAUGCUAAUCGUACAUUUGAGUUUGCUGGUGUGGUAGUUUUCACUGAUGUUGUUUUACCUUUAAGGCCAACACUCUGUAAUAGAACAUUAGGUUAUGCUGAAUGUCUGAGUGGCCGAUGUUACUUAGCUAACCGUAGAUGUGAUGGGCAUUAUGAUUGUGAUGAUGGCACUGAUGAGUCACUAUGUCCACUAUACAAUCGUACAGAAUAUAAUAAUUUUCGUAAAUUCAGAUAUAAUCAUAUUCAGAGGCAUUAUGAUAACAUUUGGAUGUGGCAAGACAUAAAUAUUGGCCCUCAUGGACGAUUUCUUUUUGAUCUUGAGGUUCCUCAUCGACCUGCUCAUUGGAUGAUUACAGCUUUUAGUUUGAGUCCAACUAAAGGUUUUGGAAUGAUAAAGAAACCUAUUGAAUAUGUUGGAGUAUUACCUUUUUUUAUGAAUGUUGAAAUGCCAACUCAUUCUAAACAAGGAGAACAAAUUGGUGUACGUGUUACUGUUUUCAACUAUAUGUGUAAUAGUGUAGAAGCAACAGUUGUGUUAUCUGGGUCAGACUCUUAUAAAUUUGUCCAUGUUGAAGAAAAUGGAAUUGUUAAUUCAUAUAAUCCAAGAACAUCACAUGGUGAUCACCAAUUCUUCAUUUAUAUUAAAGCUCAAGAUGCCGAAACUGUUUAUCUUCCUGUGGUUCCUACCAGACUUGGUGACAUUAGUAUUCAUAUUAAGGCUACAACUCUUGUUGCUAGUGAUCAGGUUACAAGAAUUUUACAUGUAGAUUCUGAUGGACUUCCUCAGUAUAGACAUCAAUCUAUGAUACUUGAUCUUAGUAACAGAGCUUAUGUUUUCCAAUAUUUACAUGUCAAUGUUACAGAAACCCCCAUAAUUCCAUAUAGUAUUGAUCGUUACUACGUUAAUGAAUCAAAUGUAGCUCACAUUUCUUUAGUUGGAGAUGUUGUUGGACCAGUUUUUCCCACCAUGCCUGUGAAUGCAACUUCAUUAUUAAAUUUGCCGAUGGAUUCUGCUGAACAAACAAUGUUUAGUUUUGCUGCAAAUUUAUAUACAACAAUUUAUAUGAGAUAUGUUAACCAACGUAAUAGAACUUUAGAGAAACAGUCUUUCUAUCAUUUAAAUAUUGGAUAUCAAAGAAUGUUAUCAUUUAUGAAUGUAGAUGGAUCAUUUAGCUUAUUUAGAACUGACUGGAAUAUGUCACAUCCUAGUGUAUGGUUAACUUCAUAUUGUGCUAGAGUAUUUCAAGAAGCUAAUUUCUAUGAAUGGGAAAAUUUCAUCUUUAUUGACCCUCAAGUUAUUUCAAAAGCAUUAAUGUGGGUAUUAAAGCAUCAAACUGAUGAAGGCUCAUUUUAUGAUGUAUCAUGGUUUCCAGACCGCAAAGUUAAUAGUUCUAUACAUAGAUCAAUUUUAUUUGGAACAAAUAGACCACAACGUUUUUCAAAUAUAUCAUUGACUGCACAAGUUCUCAUAACUUUAUCAAGCGCUAAAGAUUUAUCAGGAGGAUUAGGAUCUAAGAUAGCUCAAGGAGAAAGCCGAGCUGUGAAGUAUUUAGAAAAAAAUAUGAACUUGUUGAAUAUGACAGGAGAACCAUAUGAAGUUGCUCUUGUUGCUUAUGCUCUAAUGUUAACUAAAUCAUCAUUUGCGGAGUUUGCUUUUAGUUUGUUGGCUAGACAUGCUAGGCGUGAAGGUGGUUUAAUGUAUUGGGGCAAAGAAGAUAUCCCACUUCCACCAACCAAAAUGGAAAACCAAAAACCAUUUUUACUACCGAGAUUACCUUAUAAAUAUGAUGCUAUAAAUAUUGAAACUACUGCUUAUGCUUUACUUGUAUAUGUUGCUCGAAAAGAACCAUUUGUGGAUGAUAUUGUGAAGUGGUUAAAUUCUCAAAGGCUUACUGAUGGUGGCUGGGCAUCAACACAAGACUCAUCAAUAGCAAUGAAAGCCCUUAUUGAGUAUACUAACAGAAAUAGGUUGAGAGAAGUUUUCACAUUGACUGUUAGUAUUGAAGCAACUGCUCUUCGCAAUCAGACAAAAAUAUUACGUGUUAAUAGUGAAAAUAUUGCUAAUUUGCAAAGAAUAGAGAUUCCACAUGCUUCUGGAACUGUUAAAGUGCAAGCUAGAGGUUCUGGUUAUGCUAUACUUCAAAUGUCUGUUCGGUACAAUGUAGAUGUAGCCAAAUUUCAAACCUCUCCUCCAGAACGUGCAUUUGCAUUAGUAACUCAUGCUAAUUUCCAUGGGCGCAAUCAGUCUCACAUAACUUAUCGAAGUUGUCAAAGUUGGACUUACCAUGAAGAAUCACCUAGAUCAGGAAUGGCUGUUCUAGAUGUUACUAUUCCAACAGGAUAUAUUAUUCAACAACAAUAUCUAGAUGCAUAUGUACUGCAACGUACAGUUCCAAACUUACAAAGAGCAAGAUUUUUCCCUGGAAAAUUGUUGUUCUACUUUGAUUAUUUGGAUGACACAGAAACAUGCGUUAAGUUUACAAUUGAAAGAUGGUACCCUGUUGCAAACAUGUCUCGUUAUCUUUCUGUUCGUGUUUAUGACUACUAUGCACCUGAACGAUUUAAUGAAACAAUAUUUGAUUCUUUACCUACAUACUUAUUGAACAUUUGUGAAGUGUGUGGUAGUAGUCAAUGUCCUUACUGUCCAAUAUUUAAUAGUGCUAUAAAUUUUUCAGCUUCAUCUUUGCUAAUAUUAAUUUUGAUUGUUUUUAUAAGUUUAAUUUAUAACAAACACCUUACAUAACAGACUCAUGAUAUUAUAAUCUUCCAAAUAAUAAAUUAUGCUACAUACACUAUGAACACUAAUAUUUAAAUAUUAUAUUAUAUUAGCAUAUGGCAAUAUAAUAUUUAAAUGAAAUCCGUAUAGUGCCUUAGAGUAAAAAAAAUGAUGUUAAAAAUGUUAACUUCUAUUUAACUAAACUUACAAAGUGAUAUUAAUUUAAAGUAUCAUUAUAUUAGAAAACAAUAACAUUUAUAGUAGUAUUUUUUUUAAAAUUUUAAAUUUAAACAAAAUUCAACAAGUAUAAUUUUGAUUUUUAAUAUUUUAAUUAAUUGAUUCAUUUUAAUUUUGAUGCAAAUAUUUUAAUAAUAAUACAAUAAAAGUUUAAUUUCUAUAUAUAAUCAAAUAUGUAAAAAGUAAGUUUUGAAAUUAUAAUAAUGUUUUUACUAAAAAAACAAUUCCCAUAAAUUUAGAGCAUAUUAACCAAAAAUUAUUUAUUUUUAUUUGUGUUCACUAAUUUUCAAUUAUUUAUUUGUUAUUUUAUUAUAAACUAAGUUAUAAUCUCACAUCUGUGAAAAAUUCCAUCCUUAAUGAUCUUAAUAGAAUUAUAAAGUAUUACAUUUAUAUUAUACUAUUAGUAUUAAUAUCAUUUUUUACACAUUACUUUAUAAUUUUAAUUUUAUAUUACUAAAAUAUGUGUUUUAUUAAAAUAUAUUAUUAGUCUUAAUUUGACAAUGAAUCUCAAAUAAGAAAUUAUGAUGUUGGUAUGUGUAAUUGAAAUGUGAAAAAACUUAUGAACAAAUGUUCCGUCCACAUUGUAUUUAUUAAUAUUUUUACUUUAUACUAUUAUAUAGUUAUUACUUUAUAUAGCACAAUUAAGAUAUAUAUUUAAAGGAAUGUAUUUUUCCAAAAAUAAAAUUAUUAACAUGUGAAAUGUGAAGAAAUAUUGCCGUCCAUUUGUUAAAUGUUUCUUAUAAAACUAUAGAUUAUAUAGCUUAAUUUUAUUCUUUUGUAUUAUUUUUUUUUUUGAUAAUUUUUAUAUUGAUGUAAAUAAAAAGAAAACACGAACAAAA